ACCCUCUCCCGACCACCUAUCCUUCUUCCUCGCCUUCUCCUACCUUUCGCUCCCCAUGGUCGUCGGCACAGCUACAGACGCGAACGGCUUCUACGUCCCCUUCCAAUAUCCUUACGUCGACGAUGCACCUCAGUCCAGUGAGGACGGCUCCGGCCUCCACUCCCCAACCUUCAUCGAUUCAGACGCGUCCAUGGAUGCCCGUAGACACGGCUUCCGCGCGUCGCCCUCAGACAUUGAUAUACGCUCCGUAGAGGGACUGAUAGCAGAUCGUUUUCCCGUAACCCAUACCAAUGCGGGCAACGGACUCCCUGCAUACGUCUCGCUCCCAUACUCACAUGCUCAGAACGAACUUCAAUAUCCUAAUUAUCUGCAUUCGGGCCACUCGCACGUUUUUGAGAAUGAGAGGCGCUAUAUACCCCGAGAGGACGAGGGACUCUUGCAGUCCAACCCAGCAGUGUUUCCCCCCGGUAGACAUCCAGGCAAUAAGUCACUGGAAAUGCCGCGUCCUUUGACUAUCCCCUCUCUCCUCCCGUCAAAUCCUAUGCCCAUGAACAACCGGAUGAUUGGUCGAGUUGAUGCUGACUCGACUCAUGUAGCGGAAUUCCGUCCUGGAAUGCAUCAGCAAGAAAUUACCUCGCCCCUUUCAUCAACUACAACUGAGGCUCCGUUAAGCGCAAGAUCUCCUGUGGUAGAGACAAGUGGGAGUACUCACCCGCCUUCCAGGCGGGAGCCAUCUCUUGUGGUUAUUGCAUGCCGCCAAUGCCGUGCUCGAAAGAUCCGUUGCGAUUCUACUCGCCCUUCCUGCAAUAAUUGCAUACGACGUCAGAACGAAUGUCAAUAUGAUGCUGUUCCAAAGAGGCGUGGACCCGAUAAGCGACCUGGGACUCGUCAGCGCUCGUGUAAGAAGCGACCUGCAGAUGGUUCAAUGCCUAUGAAGAAGAAACAGAAGAAGGGCGGACUCGCUGAGUCCCCGACAGUCACCUCGCCUUCGUCAAGUGCCGUAAAAUCGGAGGACAACGACAGAACUACUGAUGGCAGAGUCAACGGAGCUGUUCUACCAGUAGGUACUGUUGGACACCAUCACGUAAAUUCGGGGCUUGCGCACGGCACUCGAGCUGACUAUGAUAGUACAGCUGGGGGGAUGGGAGGCGCGGUCGGGAUGCAUGCAAAAGCGAAUUUAAACCUGCGCCUGGACAUGAACUUCAUGGAUCGCCCGCAGUCGGCGUAUGGUUCCGGUCAGCUCAGUUCGAACUCCCACUCGCGGACCCACUCAACCCAGUCGUCUCAGUCUCAUCACCUGUCAUCAGGGAGCGUCUCGCCAACCACGAGCAUGUCUCUCCAUACUAUUAGCGCAUUAUCCCCCGAACUGCGUUUCCCCAAGUCCUCAUUCCGGGACGACCCCUUUUCGAAGUAUGAGCAGUCAAGUGCGGAAAGCUUAUCUGAUUCCGAGCUUACUGGUCGUUCAUUUGCACGUCAACUUAAUCUCAACGCCCUUUCCCCUCAUACGCACGUGUAUCUUCCUUCCCCUAACGAUCUUAAUAAUAGUAAACUUUGGUGGGAUACUCUCCUGCAUGAAUAUUCACCCUCAUUGGAGCAUUCCGAAGCAGCUAUAUUCCAUGAUUUAACUUCACUCUUUAAUAGUUCCAUUCAUUGGCUUUCAUUCUUGAACGAGAAGUAUUUUUUCCGAAGGCUCUCUGAUCCGUCAGAAAGAGAGAAGAUGCAACCGUCACUUGUAUAUGCAGCUCUCGCCCUUGCAACACUUUUGCGGUCUAGUGAAAUUGAGUUGGGGGAAACAGGUCGUGAACGAGCGCUUCGACUGCGCGAUGUCGCUCAGGCCCAUCUAGAAUCUUCCUGGAACGCUUCAUCAGUCGAUCCGUCUUUGGCCCAGGCUGCUUUGUUGAUCGCGGUUUUUGAAUCGUCCGCUCAUCCGCUGUAUAGUGCCGAAAGAGCUUGUGCUUCGCUCAUUCUCCUCGACCAGAUCAUUCGCACAUUGGCACUUACGGCAAUCGAUCUUGCGGACCCGAAUGCCUGUGUCUUCUCACCCGAUUCCGUGCCGAGUGUUCCCCGUCCUACUGCCCAUGAUAUCACGCUUGAGGACCAAUGCUAUUGUGCGCCACCCAUCCAUUCUCCCCAACUUGAUUUGGGUCGCGGAGGUCGAUUAUCUCCGAACUGGUCCACGAGUAUUAUAUGGGACCCCGCCUGGACAGUUGAGGAGAUAGAGAGGGAGCAAACACGCAGGCUCUGUUGGGCAGCCCUUUCUCUAAGUGCUGAUCACGCCGUCCAUUGCAGUGCUCUUCACAAAGAACCACUGGAUCUGUUCAUCAGCCGGCCCGAGAAUUAUGCACUCCUCUUUCCCGGUGAAAAGCGUGCCUCCGCCGAUGAAGGCCACCAGGGCCCUUAUGUGUCACCAAAACAAUCGAUCUGGGCGCUUUAUUGCAGGAGUAUGCUGCUUUGGAACAGUUGCUUGCAUUUGCGUAAACUCGCGAGUGAUUCGGAAAAAGCGGAGUUCUCCGUUAACGCUUGGCUUGAAGCCUCCGACAUUGAGGAUGCGUUGGACGCACACCACUGCUCAACAGAAUCGCACUUGAUGUAUAUGACCCGCGAACAUGUAUUCAACACACGCAUUGCGGUGUCGUACGAAUUCCGACGGCUUCAGAACGUUGAUAGUGGGACAUUGCCGAAGUUCAAUCGUCGCCAGGCCGAGGAAUGGAUCUACUACCAAACUCAGACUGCGAAUCGAUUCAAGUCCAUUCUUCACGAUGGGCGAGACCCUUUGGCACAAGUGCUUGCACGUCGGCCAUUUUACGUGGUCAGCGGACUUCUUGCUUCCGUUGUUUCUGAACUUGUCCUGAUAUUGACGGAUUUUCCUGUGCAGUGGUGGUUCAUGAGCCAGUUGGCAAUAAGCAUGUCUCUUUGGGUUUACGAUAAUACUUUGAUUGAGGCUCUGGAGCUAUCGAAGGCCUUUCUUGUCCCACUGAACAUGCUCAGCGCUCUCUGGCCUUGCCGUGUUCAACGCGAGCAGUAUAUUGGGUUAUGGAGUGAACUUGACGACCACUGCAGGAAGGCAGAUGUCCCUCUACCACCUCGUCCCACAUAUGCUCUUCCUCGUUCAUUUAAUCAUUGAAUGCCUUUAUCUACUUCUUCGAUUCUGGAUUGAACAAUACCCAACCCAUAAUCGCUGUGCAUUGCAAUUCUCACGAUCUCUCGUCUGGAACUUUGAAAGCACUUUAAACCUGUCUCCACUCCUUUGUUUCGAUGGAAUUUGUCUUUUAUGCAUGUUUGUGUAGCAAUAGGUCCGCUGUCUGUUUCGUAAUUCCCCUGCGUGGUUUUGUAUUAAUUCAUCACCCUCCUUGUUUUGUUUACUUGCUUUUGAGUUUUGACAUCUUCUGACUUGUCCUAUCUCGUCGUGGAUCUAUUCCCCCUGUCUCUGCCGGAUUAUACCAAACUGAUUCUUAGCUAACUGUGUACUGUAUUCCAUAUAACUUACAUAUUUACGAAAUCCAAUUCGC